AUGGCGGCCGAGCUGGACAACCUGGACCCAGCCCCUCCCCCCAACAACAACAACGGCCCCUGGGACCCCCCGGACCCCCGAGCUUGGGGGGACCCCAAAAUCUUCGAGUGCUCGCGGAUCAAAGCCUUGGCUGACGAGCGGGACGCGGUGCAAAAGAAGACCUUCACCAAGUGGGUGAACGCCCACCUGGCGCGCGCCGCCUGCCGCGUCGGGGACCUGUACUCGGACCUGCGCGACGGCUUCGUGCUCACGCGGCUGCUGGAGGUGCUCUCAGGGGAGACCCUGCCCAAGCCGACGCGGGGCCGGAUGCGGAUCCACUCCCUGGAGAACGUGGACAAGGCCCUGCAGUUCCUCAAGGAGCAGCGCGUCCACCUGGAGAACGUCGGCUCCCACGACAUCGUGGACGGCAACCACCGCCUGACCCUCGGCCUCAUCUGGACCAUCAUCCUCCGCUUCCAGAUCCAGGUGAUCAAGAUCAAGACCGAGGACAACCGGGAGACGCGCUCGGCCAAGGACGCGCUGCUGCUCUGGUGCCAGAUGAAGACGGCGGGCUACCCUGAGGUCAACAUCCAGAACUUCACCACCAGCUGGAGGGAUGGCCUGGCCUUCAACGCCCUCAUCCACAGGCACCGGCCGGAUCUCAUCGACUUCCACAAGCUGACCAAGUCCAACGCCACCUACAACCUCCAGCAGGCCUUCAACACGGCCGAGCAGCACCUGGGGCUCAGCAAGCUGCUGGACCCCGAGGAUGUCAACAUGGAGGACCCCGACGAGAAGUCCAUCAUCACCUACGUGGUGUCCUUCUACCACUACUUCUCCAAGAUGAAGGCGCUGGCGGUGGAGGGGAAGCGCAUCGGGAAGGUGCUGGACCAGGUGAUGGAGAUCGCGGCCAUCACGGCGCGCUACGAGGCCCUGGCGGCCGAGCUGCUGGCCUGGAUCCACCACACCAUCACCAUCAUCACCAACCAGAAGUUCGCCAACUCCCUGACCGGUGUCCAGCAGCAGCUCCAGGCCUUCACCGCCUUCUGCACCCUGGAGAAACCCGUCAAGUUCCAGGAGAAGGGGAACCUCGAGGUGCUGCUCUUCACCAUCCAGAGCAAACUCCGGGCCACCAACCGCAAGCUCUAUGUGCCCAGCGAGGGCAAGAGUAUCUCCGACAUCAACAAGGCCUGGACCUGCCUGGAGAAGGCAGAGCACGAGCGGGAGGUGGCGUUGAGGAACGAGCUGAUCCGGCAGGAGAAGCUGGAGCUGCUGGCCCAGCGCUUCGACCACAAGGCCAUCAUGAGGGAGACGUGGCUCAACGAGAACCAGCGCCUGGUCUCACAGGACAACUUCGGCUACGACCUGCCGGCGGUGGAGGCGGCCAUGAAGAAGCACGAGGCCAUCGAGGCCGACAUCUCCUCGUACCAGGAGCGCAUCCAGGUGGUGGUGGAGCUGGCCCUGGAGAUGGAGUCCGAGGGCUACUACGACACGCGGCGCAUCGGCGCGCAGAAGGACAACAUCCUGCGCCAGUGGGCACUGCUGACCGAGCUGGUCCGCGCCCGCCGCGCCCGCCUUGAGCAGAACCUGGCGCUCCAGAAGAUCUUCCAGGAGAUGGUCUACAUGAUCGACUGGAUGGAGGAGAUGCAGGUUCUUCUGGUUUCCAAGGAUUUGGGGAAGCAUCUGCUGGAGGUUGAGGACCUCCUGCAGAAGCACGGGCUGCUGGAGGCCGACAUCUCAGCCCAGACUGAGCGCGUCCAGGCCCUCAACGCCGCCGCGCUCAAGUUCUCGGAGCUGGAGGGCUACCAACCCUGCGACCCCCAGAUCAUCUGCAACCGCGUCAACCACGUCCAGACGUGCCUGGAGGAGCUGGAGGAGCUGGCGGCCAAGAGGAGGAAGGAGCUGGAGGACUCCCGGCAGCUCUGGACCUUCUUCCAGGAGAUGGAGGAGGCCGAGGCCUGGAUCCGCGAGAAGGAGAAGAUCCUGGCUGCCAAGACCUGCGGCCGCGACCUCAGCAGCGUCAUGACCUUGACCAACAAACACAAGACCAUGCUGGGCGAGCUGGGCAACCGCCGGGCGCUGCUGCACCAGACCAUGAAGAAAGGCGAGAAGAUCCUGGCCAAGAAAUCCUUCAGCUCCGUGGGCAUCCAGGAGAAGAUGCGAGAAGUCUGCCUGCGGUGGAAGAAGCUGGAGGAGGUCACGGGGCUCCACCAGCAGCGCUUGGAGGACGCCCUGAACUUCUUCCAGUUCAGCGCCGAGACGGACGACCUGGUGGCCUGGCUGCAGGACACGUACCGCAUCGUGUCCAGCGACGACUUCGGCCACGACGACUACUCCAGCCAGGCCCUCCUGCGCAAGCACCGCGCCGUGGUGGACGAGGUGGAGAAGCACCGCGCCGCCGUCCUGUCCCUCCGCAAGCAGCUGGCUCUCCUGGCCCCCGACCACCGGCAAGGUGUGGACAUCCAGAUCCGCGUGGUGGAGGUGGAGCAGCUCUAUGGGGAGGUGGCUGAGGUGGCCGUGCUGAGGACGCAGUGGCUGCAGGACGCCUUGGCCGUUUACCGCAUGUUCAGUGAGGUCCACGCCUGUGAGGUGUGGGUGGACGAGAAGGAGCAGUGGUUGGAGAAGAUGGAGGUGCCCGAAGAGCUGGAUGAGGUCGAGGUGGUCCAGCACAGGUUCGAGAGCCUGGACCAGGAGAUGAACAGCGUCAUGGGGAGAAUCCUGGAUGUCAACCAGGUGGUGCAGCAGCUGGUGGACGGUGGCCACCCCAGCUCAGACGAAGUCCGGUCCUGCCAGGACCACCUCAACAGCCGCUGGAACCGGGUGGUGGAGCUGGUGGAGAACAAGAAGAGCCAGCUCAGCUCAGUGCUGAAGAUCCAGAACUUCCUCCUGGAGUGCAGCGAGAUGAAGGCGCAGGUGCGGGAGAAGAGAAAAGCCAUCGAGGCCACCCAGUCCGGUGGCAGCGACCUGGGCGGGGUCCUGGCCCUGCAGCGCCGCCUGUCCACCAUGGAGGCCGCCCUGGUGGUCCUGGAACCGCGGCUGGUGGAGCUCCAGCAGGAGGGCGAGGCCUUGGCUGCCGCCCACCCCGACCGCGCCCUGGAAAUCCUGCUGCCCUUCGAGGAGAUCAGCGAGGAGUGGGACAACCUCAAGCGAGCCCUCCAAGGCUGCGAGGACACCUUGACCAUCGCCGGCCGUCUCCAACAGUUCAUCCAGGACCUGGACAACUUCUUGGGGUGGUUGGUGAAGACCCAAGCGGCCGUGGGCUCCGAGGAGGUCCCCGACAGCUUGGCCGAGGCCGAGCGGCUGCUGAACGUCCACGUGGCCCUCAAGGAGGAGAUCAAUGGCUACGAGGAGGACUACGCCAAGAUCCAGGCGGCCAGCGAGCUGCUGGCUCUGGAGGAGAUGGAGGUGCCCUACCUGUCCCUCCAGCAGUGGCUGCAGAAGCUGGACGCAGGCUGGGGGAAGCUCCUGCAGAGCUGGGAGAUGAGGAGGGAGGUCCUGGUGCAGUCCCACAUCUUCCACCUCUUCCUGCGCGACGUCCAGCAGUGCCAGAACAGCCUCUACAACCAGGAGACCACCCUGGCCCACGCCGAGCUGCCGGACACGGUGGAAGGGGUGACCAAGGCGCUGAAGAAGCACAAGGACUUCACUACCACGCUGGAGCUGAACCUGCAGAAGGUCCAGCUGGUCCUGCAGGCCGGCGAGAGCCUCCGGCGCCAGCGCAACCUCCACAGCGACCGCGUGGCCGAGGCCAUGGAGGGGCUCCGGGCCAAGAGCCAACGCAACCAUCAGCUGGCCCAGGAGUGGACGCGGCGGCUCCAGGACCACCUCGAGCUCCAGAGGUUCCUCCAGGACUGCGAACAGGUCAGCAGGCGGCAGUCGCAGGUUGACCGGCUGUACGUGUCUCUGAAGGACCUGGUGGAGGAGCGCAAGGUCAAGCUGGAGCAGCAGUACUGGCUCUACCAGCUCAACCGCGAGGUGGACGAGCUGGAGCACUGGAUCGCCGAGAAGGAGGUGGUGGCCGGCUCGCCCGAGCUGGGGCAGGACUUCGAGCACGUCACGCUGCUUCAGGAGAAGUUUCUGGAGUUCGCCAGCGAGACGGGCAGUGUGGGGCAGGAGCGCAUCGCCGCCGUCAACCAGAUGGUGGACGAGCUCAUCGACUACGGCCACACCGACGCCGCCACCAUCGCCGAGUGGAAGGACGGCGUCAACGAGGCGUGGGCCGACCUCCUGGAGCUGAUGGAGACGCGCGCCCAGAUGUUGGCAGCGUCCCACGAGCUGCACAAGUUCUUCAACGACUGCAAGGAGGUCCUGGGGCAGAUCGAGGAGAAGCGGCAGCGGCUGCCGGAGCUGGCGGCGCGCGCGGCGCAGCUGCGGACGCUCUACGCCGGGGACAACGCCGAGGCCAUCGCCGGGCGCGAGCAGGAGGUGCUGCGGGCAUGGAAGGAGCUGCUGGCGGCGUGUGAGGAGUGCCGGCUGCACGUGGCCAGCGUGGCCGACAAGAUCCGCUUCGUGGGCACCGUCAGGGAUCUGCUGGCCUGGAUGGAUGGGGUGCUCCACCAGAUGGGUGCCGGGGAGAAGCCCAGGGACGUGUCCUCAGUGGAGCUGCUGAUGAACGACCACCAAAGCCUCAAGACUGAGAUGGAGGCCCGGGCCAAGAACGUGGCCACCUGCCUGGAGCUGGGCAAGACCCUCAUCCUCAGCAAGAGCCCGGCGGCCGACGAGAUCAAAUCCCACAUGGAGAAGCUCCUGGCAAAGAAGAAGGAGAUGACGGAGAAGUGGGACAAGCACUGGGAGUGGCUGCAGCAGAUGCGCGAGGUGCACCAGUUCGCGCAGGAGGCCGUGGUGGCCGACGCGUGGCUGACGGCCCAGGAGCCGCUGCUGAAGAGCCAGGAGCUGGGCAGCAGCGUGGACGAGGUGGAGCAGCUGAUCCGGCGGCACGAGGCCUUCCGGAAGGCAGCGGCCGCCUGGGAGGAGAGGUUCAGCUCCCUGCGGCGCCUCACCACGAUUGAGAAGCUCAAGGCCGAGCAGAACAAGCAGCCGCCGACGCCGCUCCUGACCCGCAAGUUUUUGGGGGAAGCCCCGGGAGGUCCGGACCCUCGCCGGCCGGAGCCACGCGUUGCCUACGUCCGGCACGAGCUGCGGCCGGAGCGCCUCCAGCCCAAGCUUGACCGCGUCCAGGCGCCGGCCACCGACGGAGGACCCCCCGAACCACCCCCGUUCUGGUACCGGUCUCGGUCCCGGUACCGGAGCGGUGCCGCUCUCAGAGCCGGUACCGGCGCCGGUCUCCUUGGCCUCGCCCCUUUCCCCUCACAGUUCCCGCCCUUAAUGUGA